AGAGAACUUUUGGAAGUUUAUAGCUGCGAGUGCGCUCUGCUAGGAGAGUGAGGCAAGCGUCGCAAACGCGCGACGGCAGAAGGGGAAGGCACUGCUGGACGAGUAAAAUUCAGGACGACUCACAUAUUCUUAUUGUAUGGCCCCUUUAUCAUCCAUGAUGAAUUCUUUUCAAGGGCCACUCUCCCAAGAAGGAAAACUACAGGAACGCAAAAGCGCGGACAAAGAGGAGGCUCAAACCAACGAUAAAGCGACUGUCAAAGGAUGUAAAGGCAAGGCGCUGAGUCUUCCGUUCAGUGUGGAAUCUUUAAUAUCAGACAGAACAAGCACACGGACUUUAUACACAUCAUCUGAAUCUGGUAUUAUAUCUCCGACAUCCGGUGGAGAUGAGCGGCUGAGGCUCUCGCCCAUGGCUCUUUACGCAGAUAGAAAGAUCCCAGUGGAGAGCGUCUCCAACCUAUCCGAGUGCAAGAGAGGAGAUAUGGAAGAACUAAAUGACAAGGGACAGUCCGGCUGGUUUCAGACGCCCCCGUACACUUCUCCGCCAAGGCACUCGAGUCCACCGCCGUGUACCCUCAGAAAGCAUAAGAACAACCGAAAACCGCGGACCCCGUUCACCACCUCGCAGCUGCUCGCUUUGGAGAGAAAAUUUCGUCAAAAACAGUAUCUUUCUAUUGCAGAGAGAGCGGAAUUUUCCAAUUCACUCAACCUCACAGAGACUCAAGUUAAAAUCUGGUUUCAAAACAGGCGAGCGAAGGCAAAAAGACUACAAGAGGCCGAACUAGAGAAACUCAAACUUGCAACCAAGCCAUUAUUACCUGCGUUCGCCUUUCCGUUCCCCCUCGGGACACACGUUGGUUCUCCACCCCUCUACGGACCGUCCAGUUCCUUUCCUAGACCUGCGUUACCGGUCCCAGGACUUUUCGGAGGGCCAGUGACCUACGGAAUGUAUUAUUUGUCUUAACCAUGUGAGCACGUCCUUCAAUUCACCGUCUGUAGCUGCUGCGGUUCUGCCAGUCAGAAGACGAGUGAAAUAAGAGCAAAUAUGUUUUGUUUAAAGAACUCUACAGCAAUUUAAAAGAAAUGAUUCUUGUGAUCUACACAGUGUAUCCCAAAAGUAAGAGUCCACAAAUUGGCUUUAAAAGUGCAAUGAAUCUUCCCUGAAUACUUUAUCUUGUAUUAGGCUAUAAGUAGGCUAUACAGAUAACACGCUAUGUGGCUAAUUGUCUUAGUCUCAGAGAAAAUAAUUUCCAAGAGAUUAUUUCUACUGAGGGCACAGCCGAUUUGGCAAGUGUUUAGAUCAGCAUCACUUGUUGAUGAGUGAUGCGCUAGAAAACACCUAGUGUGCUCUGAAAUGCCUGCAUGGUCUGUGACGGUUCCAAACAAAGCUCUUAGAUUAAAGAAAUUACCUUAGAAUUAUUACUAAGGUUUUUCGAACUUAUAGAGCUUUUUGCUAGAAAGUAAAAAUUUAAAAACUGAUUACAGUUAUGUCUUAUGACAUUGCUACUUUCCAUACUUGGCUACAGGCAGCCCAAUUCGGGCCUAUAUGGAUAGUCAGUGUGAGCCUUUUUAAAAUGAAUACGUGUAUUUUCACGCAAACCAAAUAUUUUGUAGUAUAUUACAAAGAUUGUACCCAGAUAGCUACAAUUUGCGAAUGUACACUGCCAAUAGCUCCAUACGUAUUUUUUUCCUUUCCUUUUUUCAUUAAUUGGACAGGCCCGGUUUUAGGUUGAAAUACGUGGCUUGUUAUUUUGUUGGUCUUUAUUGAUGCAGAGACAACCAGCAUCGUCCAUUAUACCAUAAUUUUACUAAACUUUUCCUCCCAAACGUUUUUACAUGCCGUUGGAUACAGAGUAUUUUUGGCCUGUGUUUAUUGAUUUUUCGCCUGUUUAGCCAUAAUCCCUUCAGUAGACUACAUGUAUGCUAGUUUGCUAGGUUGUAAGAUUAAUGUCUAGAUUUUUUUAUUAUUGUAAAUACACGUAUAUAUUACAGAUUUUGCAUUCCCCAUUUGAAUAAAUUACAAAUAGGAUUGCUGAUAUUUAUACACUGUGUUUACAUUUAUCUUCUGUAAAUUAUUGUAUAUUUUAUAUGUAUAUACAAAUUAGAAAAAUAAUCUUUUGCAUUAAAAAAUAAAU